AUGGCUGUGCGCGCGCAAUUCGAGAACUCCAACGAGGUCGGCGUCUUCGCCACACUCACCAACUCAUAUGCCCUGACCGCCGUCGGCGCGAGCGAGAACUUCUACAGCACCUUUGAAGCAGAACUACAAGAUGUCAUCCCCAUCUGCCGGACGACGAUUGCAGGCACGCGCAUCAUCGGGCGGUUAACAGCAGGAAACCGCAAGGGCCUCCUCGUACCGACGUCGACGACCGACCAGGAGCUGCAGCACCUGCGGAAUUCGCUGCCGGACGAGAUCAAGAUCCAGCGGAUAGAGGAGCGGCUGUCGGCGCUGGGCAACGUCAUCGUGACCAACGACCACAUCGCGCUCAUCCACCCGGACCUGGAGCGCGAGACCGAGGAGAUCAUCGCCGACGUGCUGGGCGUCGAGGUCUUCCGCCAGACCAUCGCCGACAACGUGCUGGUCGGCAGCUACAUGAGCCUCAGCAACCAGGGCGGCCUCGUCCACCCCAAGACCAGCAUCCAGGACCAGGACGAGCUCAGCAGCCUGCUGCAGGUGCCCCUCGUCGCCGGCUCCGUCAACCGCGGCAGCAACGUUGUCGGGGCGGGCAUGGUCGUCAAUGACUGGCUUGCCGUCACGGGCCUCGACACCACGGCCACGGAACUGAGCGUCAUCGAGAGCGUGUUCAGGCUGGGCGAGGGCGCCGCGCCGGGCAAUAUUGGCGGCAGCAUGAAGGAUACCAUGGUGGAGAGUUUCUACUAA